AUGGCGAAGAAGAGUAAGGCUGCUGGCAAGAAGAGAGCCCACAGAGAGAUUGAGGAGGUCGAAGACACCUCCGCCGCCACUCAGGAGAUGGUGGACGAGCUUGACGACCAGUUCUCCGAAGUGGCCGAGAUGUUGGGCGAAAACAUCGCUGAUCCCGAACAAGAUGAAGAUGACGACGCCAACGAGCCCGAGGUCGAGGAAACCGAUAAGUUGGACGACAAAUUGAAGCCUCAGGCGAAACAAGACGCUAACGUCACCACGGAGAAGUUCUCGGAGUUGGGGCUCUCGCAACCCACCUUGAAGGCCAUCGAAGGGAUGGGGUUCACCCUGAUGACCGCGGUCCAGGCCAAGACUAUUCCUCCGUUAUUAGCCGGUAGAGACGUGUUGGGUGCCGCCAAGACCGGGUCGGGGAAGACGCUUGCUUUCCUCAUCCCCGCCAUCGAAAUGUUGCACUCGCUUCGGUUCAAGCCGCGUAACGGUACCGGGGUGAUUGUGGUGCUGCCCACGAGAGAACUUGCCCUCCAGAUCUUUGGUGUGGCUCGUGAGCUUAUGGAACACCACUCCCAAUCGUUGGGGAUCGUCAUUGGCGGUGCUAACCGUCGUCAGGAGGCGGAAAAGUUGGCUAAGGGGGUCAACUUGUUGAUUGCGACUCCGGGGAGAUUGUUGGACCACUUGCAAAACACUCAAGGGUUUGUGUUCAAGAACUUGAAGGCUUUGGUGAUUGACGAAGCCGAUCGGAUCUUGGAAAUCGGGUUCGAGGACGAAAUGAAGCAAAUCAUCAAGAUCUUGCCCAACGAAGAGAGACAGCUGAUGUUGUUCUCGGCUACUCAAACCACUAAAGUUGAAGACUUGGCGAGAAUCUCGUUAAGACCGGGACCGCUUUACAUCAACGUGGUGCCGGAAACUGCUGCUCUGACGGCUGAUGGGUUGGAACAAGGGUACGUGGUGUGUGACUCCGACAAGCGGUUCCUCCUUCUCUUCACCUUCCUUAAACGCCACCGCAAUAAGAAGAUCAUUGUGUUCUUGUCGCUGUGUAACUGUGUCAAGUACUUUGGUGAACUUUUGAACUAUAUCGACUUGCCCGUGCUUGACUUGCAUGGUAAGCAAAAGCAACAGAAACGGACCAACACCUUCUUUGAAUUCUGUAACGCCAAGCUGGGGAUCUUGAUCUGUACUGAUGUCGCUGCCCGGGGGUUGGAUAUCCCCGCUGUCGACUGGAUCAUCCAGUUCGACCCUCCUGAUGACCCCAGAGACUACAUCCACCGUGUCGGUAGAACUGCCAGAGGUACUUCCGGUAAAGGGAAGUCUCUCAUGUUCCUCUUACCGCUGGAGCUCGGGUUCUUGCGCUACUUGAAGGCCGCCAACGUGCCGCUUAACGAGUACGAGUUCCCCGCCAACAAGAUCGCCAACGUGCAACUGCAGCUCACAAAGUUGAUCAAGCUGAAUUACUGGUUGCACCAGCUGGCCAAGGACGGCUACCGGUCGUACUUGCAGGCGUACGCCCUGCACCACUUGAAGACGGUGUACCAGAUCGACAAGCUUGAUUUGGCUAAAGUGGGGAAGCUGUUUGGCUUUGAUGUGCCUCCUAAGGUCAACAUCACCAUUGGUGCCAGCGGCAAGACCGAUAAGAAGGCGAAGAAGCAAAAGCGUUGA